UUGGGCUCCGGAAUAAACUCAACCCUACAGCAAAAUGCUGGGGCUGGUGAAUCGGCGGUCGCUAACGACUGUUCUUCGUUCAUUUUGCAGUACAUCACUGUCGGUCAAGUGUGGUAGUCGCUCGCGAAUCCCGGAAGUCAGCGCAGUAAUUCCAUCUCGACUUCAGUCCGACUGCGAUCGUUCACGGAUUUUGCUUCCUUCGGCUCUAUCGCCCAGUUCAAGUCGAUUAUUUUCGACUUCUUAUUACAAGGAAGGCAUUGUGGACGAAUUUGACAUGGCUCCGAGAUUCGAGCGAGAAGACUACAAGAAGGAACCGUACCACGGUGUGAAGCGCACCGGAACCGAGUUCAAGCGAGGAACCGGUUCGCGCAGUGGUGGUGGUGGUUACGGUGGUAGUGGCGGGGCCAACGGCUCCGGCGGAUAUGGCGGCGGCGGCGGUGGUAGUCGCUUCGGCGGCGGUGGCGGCAACAAUGGUAAUCGCCGCGACAAGUGGGCGGAAGCGGGAACGCUCCAAAAAAUCGACUGGAGCAAGAUGACGUUGGCCCCGUUCAAGAAAGAUUUCUACCGCGAGCAUUCCGUUGUGCGCAAUCGUUCGCAAAAGGAUGUCGAUCGGUUCCUGGCGAAACACGACAUCACCUUAAUCGGCCAGUGUCCGAAACCGAUCACUGAGUUCGACGAGAUCGACAUUCCAGACUACGUAAUGCGAGAGAUCGAGAAGCAGGGCUACAAGAGCCCGACACCGAUUCAGGCGCAGGGUUGGCCGAUUGCUCUCAGCGGCUUGAACAUGGUCGGAGUAGCGAAAACGGGAUCGGGCAAAACGCUCGGUUACAUGCUGCCGGCUAUCGUGCACAUCAAUCAUCAGAAACCGGACCCGUCUGUACGUGGACCGCUGGUCCUCGUGCUGGCGCCGACCCGUGAGCUCGCCCAGCAGAUCCAGCAGGUCGCAACAGAUUUUGGCUCCUCGUCAUACAUUCGCAACACGUGCCUGUUCGGAGGAUCCAGCAAGGGACCGCAGGCAUCGGAUCUUCGACGAGGCGUGGAGAUUGUUAUCGCUACUCCCGGUCGAUUGAUCGAUUUCCUCGAGUCCGGUACGACUACCCUGCAACGGGUAACAUAUCUCGUGCUGGAUGAAGCUGAUCGGAUGCUGGACAUGGGUUUCGAGCCGCAGAUAAGGAAAAUUCUGGAACACGUGCGCCCGGAUCGACAGAUUCUGAUGUGGUCUGCUACUUGGCCGAAAGAAGUGCAGCGUUUGGCACGUGACUUCCUUGGAGACUACGUUCAGAUCAACGUUGGCUCGUUGGAACUUUCAGCCAAUCACAACAUCACGCAGCACGUACGAGUCGUCGAGGAAAAGGAUAAGAAUCAAGAACUUGGCAAUCUCCUGGAGGAGUUGUAUCGUGCAGGAAAUCCUGGCAAAAUUCUUAUCUUUACUACCACCAAGCGCAGGUGCGAUCAGAUAAGUAUGCAAAUUCGCCGCUACGGCUACGAUUCGGUUGGAAUGCACGGUGACAAAUCACAGCAGGAGCGCGAGCGUGCUCUCAAUCGGUUCCGUAAUGCACGUUCCUGCAUUCUGGUUGCGACGGAUGUUGCCGCUCGAGGACUGGAUGUGGACGGUAUUAAAGUGGUAAUCAACUAUGAUUAUCCGCAGCAGACAGAAGAUUACGUUCAUCGCAUUGGCCGCACAGGACGCUCGAAUGCCACAGGUGAGGCGUACACAUUCUUCACCUACGGUGAGCGCAAGAUGGCAAAGGAGUUGAUUGGCAUCCUAGAGGAAGCCCACCAGCUAGUUCCUCCGGAGCUGAUGAAAUGGCGUAACAUGUUCGGCGGUGGUGGUAACAAUCGCUUCAGCCGUUUCGGAACGUUCCGCGGCGGACGCGAUUUCGGUGGUGGAUAUGGCGGUGGUCGAUUUGGUGGCGACAGUGGAGACUAUCGAAACGGAGGAUCAUCAGGAAUGGGCAUGAAGAGACCGUACGAAAGCAGCGCAGCUGGCAGUAGUCGUGGAGCAUAUGGCGGAGCUAGCAACAGCACUUACUCCAACGGAUACGGCGCCCCCAGCAGUAGUUCCAACGGUUAUGAGUCACGUGCCACGAAACACACCAGAUUCGAUGAAUAAGAGGCGCACCGAUGGUAAGAGUGUGUAGACUACACUCAUGCGAUCGCUGAUUUUGUGUACAAAAAAGAACGUGAGGAUCUAUAAUGCAUUAAUUUGCAAUUAAUUCCUUAAUUGUAGCUACUUAAGAUCCCAUUCACUCUCACGUCCGUGUUCCUCUUUCAUCGCAUUCUGUCGUUCUUUUUUUCAUAUUCAAUUCACCUAAUGUUAUUUGCUAAGAGUUGCGUUUCGUGUAGGUGUCCUCUUAGUAGAGAAUCUGACCGUUAAAUUUAUGUAUUCAUCUGUAAUUUAAUCGAGAUUGCCUCUGAUAACUAUUCAGCAUUACGAGUCCAUCGACCGUCCUUCGUCUCAUGCCGGUGUGUACGAUAAAUCAUGCUUUACGAACUUAGCAUGUGCGCUACUAGCUUUGUCAACAUCUCUAGUAGUAUUUAGAAAAUUGCGCAACUAAGCGCAGAUAGCAGCAAAUUAAAUUUCCUAAAAAUCAUCUAUCAUCGGUAUUGCUGAAUCCCUAGCCGGGUUAUAUACUACGAUCCACAAGAAGGCACACUAGAACUAUUACUCUCUUUCUCUCAGGCAAGCAAGAAAUGGUAGACCAUCAUCAGUGAGCAUCGUAGUGAAAAAACGUGUGUACUUUUCUUUAUAUUAACAAACAUCUUCUACUAGAAAGCUAGCCAACAGAAGCAAGCGAGUUUUUUUUUUAAUUUUCUUAUAUUAUUCUGUGAUAAAUGACAAAGUGUUUGCACACAUAUACACAGUCACACGCAACAAAUACAGUGCGUGUGCAAUGUCCCACAGUUUAAAUUUUAAAUUUUGUUAUUACAAACCGAACACAAAAGGCACAGACCAUUCAGACCGGGGAUAUGAGGUUC